UCUCAAUUCGGAGGAGGAAAACCUGCCGCCGACAUGGGAGUCCCCUCAAUGCACCUCAAGUUUGAAUUGUUCUCAGGAAGAAGUCUCAGUGACAAGGGAACCAGUUUCUUCCAAAUGCGGGAGAUUUUAUCCAAGGACCUCUCUUUUGUUUGGAGGAUUUGCUCAUUUUUAUUUUAAAUCUGUGAGCUGGAGUUUUUUGCUAUUGUUGGUUGGGGUAGGAUUAUGAGUUUUAGUGCCUGUUAGUGGCACCUGUAUUAGAUACCUAAAAACAUUUUUAUUUUUAAACUACACAGUUCUCCGAAGGGUUUGUGAGGUGUCUUGCUUUGAGAGUUACAAUAUUAAAUUCAAGCCAUCUUAUGUUUAAAAAAAAAAAAGUCUAUGAAGGUGCUGGUUUAUUUAUGAAAAUCAGUUAGAUCUGUGUCAUUUGCUUUAAUGUCUGCAAAAGCAAUUGUCAUUGCAUUUGAAUGUUUUAUUGCUGUCGCUCCUUUACAGGGCAGUGAUGUGUUAAAGAACUGUUGCAAAGAUGAAGAAAUAGCCUCAGUCCUUAAUAGAACCAGUUGUGUUUUUUCUUUUAAAUUGCAUUAUUUGUUUAUAUUUCUCUUUUUUGGUGUAUGUAUGUAUGUAGGUGUGCGCACACUGCAGUUUGGAGAUCAGAUGACUGCUUGGUAAUACGAAGUUCUCUCCUACUGAGAAAUUAGAUAAUUCAAAAAUGGCAGAACUUGUUAUGGAGUGUGAAGAAGAAGAGUUGGAACCAUGGCAGCAGAAAGUAGACGAAAUUCAAAAUAAAGAUGAUGAUGAUGAUGAGUUGAUCUUUGUUGGAGAGAUAUCAAGUUCCAAACCAGCUAUUUCAAAGCUUUCUAGUGUAGUGAGUUUUUCAAAGACUUCAUCACAAGAUGAUCCAGGUGCUUCUAUCUUACAGUUAGACUCAACCAAGGAUAAACCAUCCUACAGCAUACUGAAAAGGAGUACAGAAGGUAUCGAACAAACUUCGUUAGGAUUAAAACAUCCUUCCACUUCCAAAUUAAACAGUGUUAAUCCAAAAAAGCCAAAGACCAAUGAAAGCGUUUCUGAAACAAAUUCUUCCUCUUCAUCAUCUUUAAAUAAGUCUCCUUCCGAGGCUUCUUCCCAGGUUGUACUAUCAAAUGAAAAUACCUCAUCAAUUCAGGCUGAAACUGGAGCACCUUCAUUAAGAUCUUGUCCAAAGUGCAAAGUUAAGUUCAGUUUUUUGGAUCCUUUGAAAUGCCACAUGAAGCGUUGCUGCCCAGACAUGAUAAAUAACUUUCUGGAGACUGUUAAGUCAGAACAUUCAACGACUGAAAACAAAGCUAACAUUGGCUCGGAUAAAGAAAAAUUGAUCAUGCUAGUUAGUGAUUUUUACUAUGGAAGACAUGAAGGAGCGGUUGAGGAAGAUCUAAAGACUUACACAACUUUUAAAUGCUUCAGUUGCUCAAAAGUUCUUAAAAAUAAUAUUAGGUUCAUGAACCACAUGAAACAUCACUUGGAGCAUGAAAAACAGAACAGUGAGUCCUGGGAAAGCCAUACCACAUGCCAGCACUGCUAUCGGCAGUAUCCCAACCCCUUUCAGCUACAGUGCCACAUUGAAAGUACACACACUCCUCAUGAUUUUUCUACUAUUUGUAAAAUCUGUGAAUUGUCAUUUGAAACAGAGCAUAUGCUUUUACAACAUAUGAAGGACACUCAUAAGCCUGGUGAAAUGCCAUAUAUUUGCCAGGUUUGCCAGUUUAGAUCAUCAAUAUUUUCUGAUGUAGAAACUCACUUUCGAUCAUCCCAUGAGAACACUAAGAACUUGCUGUGUCCAUUUUGUCUCAAAGUUAGUAGAAUGGCAACCCCUUAUAUGAAUCAUUACAUGAAACAUCAGAAUAAAGGAAUUUAUCGUUGCCAAAAAUGCAGACUACAAUUUUUGACCUGCAAGGAGAAAACAGAUCAUAAGUUAGAACAUCGCACAUUUAUAAAGCCUAAAGGACUAGAAGGAUUGCCUCCUGGAACAAAAGUUACUAUUCGAGCUUCGUUUGGAUCUGCUCAAUCAAGAUCAUCAAGUCCACCUUCUAGUUCUAUUCCUAGCACUUCUCUUCAAGUCGCAGCUCCAGAGUCUAAAAGUACACCUACUAAAAUCAACACAAAAGUAUUUGCAAAUAAAAGGAAGACAACUAAAUGUCAGGCAGUCUUAACUGCGACAUGUAAACCCAAUUCAAGUAAACCAGGUACAGGUGCAACUAAAUCCAAAGCCAAGUCCUCCUCCAAGCAAAAGAAGCAGCGCACCAGGAAAAACAAAUUCAGUAUUGCUCUGAAGAAUUUGAGAUGUCACCAGGGAAUUCACACGUGUAUUGAGUGCCAUUCCAAAAUAAAAGAUUUUUCAAGCCACUUUUCUACAUAUAUAAACUGUGAUUUUUGCAAGUACACUACUAACUGUAACAAAGCCUUUACAAAUCAUAUGAGCUCUCAUAGUGACCACCCAAGUAAACAGUUUUAUAUUUUUAAGAAGCAUUCAAGAGCUCUCAGGGGCAUCACUCUAGUGUGCCUUAAAUGUGACUUCCUAGCUGAUACUUCUGGCUUAGACCGUAUGGCUAAACACUUAAAUCAACGUAAAACUCAUACUUGCCAAGUAGUAAUCGAAAAUGUUACAGAAAGAAGCUUAACUUCUGAAUCCACUUCUGACGGCUUGUUGAAAUAGAUUCCUGCUCUAUGGAACUCAUGCAACCUGGUGCAAGACAAGUUGGAAUUUCCUAAGUUCAAAGUUCUGCAGUGUUUGCCUUUACAAAUCCAGUUUCCUAAGUUCAAAGUUCUGAAAUGUUCCAUAAAGGCAGUUAAAAUCCACAACACUAGUUCGCAUUUUUUCAGCUUUCUGAUGGCAGUAGAUUCUUAUUCCACCUUAUCUUUGUGUCAGGUUAACAUAUCUUAACCUGUACUUGGCUUCUCUAGUUAGCUCUGAAAAAAGAACUUUAGUUGCUAUUGUCUUUACUUGCUUUGCUUCAGAUAAUUUGUAUUUCUCUCUACCUUCAGAAUAUUACAUAUCAAACAGAAUAGCUAUUCUAUUUUUUCUGUUUUGUCUGCUUCUUAAUUUUUUUAAGUCUUUCUGCUCAGAUAGCUGCUUUUUCCUUCAUUUUUGUCUGUCAUUGUUCUAUUUUUCAGAUGCAGAAGCAACACAAAUUUCAAAAGAUGUCCAGUAUACUCCUGGACAGUGUCCCCCUUCGAUGGACACAACUAAUGCCUGUUUCUCUUUCCACGGAAUGUGAAUUGUUUGACUGUGAGACCUGUUUCAAUUUGUGGCCUUGGGAAUCUAUCAGCUCUUAGGCAGAGUCCCUUCCUGCCUAACUAGCCUUACAUAAGGCUGAUGUUGAUUUGGCCAUCAACAACCUCAAGGUCCACCAAAAUGAACACAGCUUCCUACUGGGGGCUUUGGUACUUUUUAGGCUUAUGAACAAUUAUAAUAAUGAAAGCCUACCAAGUAAGUGCUUUAACACCCAAGUUCAACUUUAAUCACUUUGGCUGCAGUCUUUUAAUCUUCCUCUAGCAUGAAUACAGUCUGAGGUAUAUGAAAAAACUGAUUGUAUAGGGAGUGAAAAUUACUUUCAUGUUCUUGAAAAAGCAAACUUUGUGGGAUUCUAGCUCCAAAGUAAUUUUUUGUGUUGUCAUUUAAAGUUUUAGCCAGUAUUCCAAGAGUUCUCAGCAGUGAUACUAUUUAAAUUCCUAAUUUUUUAAAAUUUUGAUAGCUUGGUUUUUGUCAUUCACCAAAUUCAUUGAUGUCUACUUUGUAUGUCAACUUUUGUAAUUUCUGAUUAAACUUUUUGUGUUUGUUUAAAAUGCCAAGAAAUUUCUUUAAAUUUUUCUACAGAUUUCAUGCAGCUACCUGUUGGUAGUUUCUUUUCUUUUUUUCUUUCUUUUUUGGAGGGUUGUUGUUUUUUUUUUUUGUUUGUUUUGGUUUGUUUUGGUUUUUUUUUUUUUUUUUGAGCCGCGGUUUCUACUAUACUCUAGGCUGACCUUGAACUCACAGAUUUUUCUGCCUCAGCCUCCCAAGUGCUGCUUUUAAAGGCAAGUGAGGUACUUGUUCAGGUCAUUAGACAUUAAUAUAUGAUCUGUCUAUCUUGAGACUAUCAUGAACAUCUUAGCAGUCAGGAAUUCAAAGACAAAGGAACAAAAACUCCCCUUACAAAUAUUACAAGUUUUACAUUGCUAUUCAAUUAGCAGUUAUCUUCUUAGCCAUUAAUGUAAUUCCUUUAGAUAAAGAUAAUAUAUUCAAUAAUAUUGGGACCAAAAAUGCACUUGUUUCUUGCCCACAUAUAUAUAGAGAGAGAUGUAUAUUUUUUUAUUUUGGUGUUUGUUUAUUUUGGUUUACAUUGAAUAUAGAUUUUCAGAACAGUUUUGGUGUUACUUAUUUUUUUAAUAAAAUUUGUAUUGUUAAACACUUAGGAAUUAUUUUAUAAUAAAUAAGUUGCUAUAAAAACCUAUAGAUUGUAUCAUAUAACAAAAAUUGUUUUCCUUUUCACAUGGAAGCCUGCCUGCUUUGCCUAUAGACUAAGAUCUUUAUCUACAGAGUAUAUCUUGUGCUGCUUCCUUAAGCAUACUUAAAAGCUCACUAAUUUAGGGUGUUCUUUUUUUCUGAGACAGAGUUUCUCUGUAGUUUUAGAGCCUGUCCUGGAACUAGCUCUUGUAGACCAGGCUGGCCUCGAAUUCACAGAGAUCCUCCUGACUCUGCCUCCCGAGUGCUGGGAU